AUGCAUUUGCAAUACUUGCCUUUCCUCUUUCUUAUACCACUCAUUUUCCUCUCUUGUUCUCCACUUGUUGCUACAACUUCUUCUUCAUCAAACAUUCUAACGCAAGGUUCAUCGCUCUUUGUUGAAAAACAAAAUCAUUUGGUUUCACCAAAUCGCCUUUUCACGGCUGGGUUCCACCGAAUUGGUCGAAAUGUGUAUACCUUUGCAAUAUGGUAUUCCAAUACCAUGUCGGAUGGUAAUCACACAUUCGUUUGGAUGGCAAACCGAGACGAACCUGUUAAUGGAAAACGCUCCAAGUUUUCAUUAUGGAAAGACGGAAAUCUUGUUCUAACGGAUGCUGGCCGUAGAAUUUGGAUGUCUGAUACUAAAUCUAGCUCACCUUUACAAUUGCAACUUCUUAACUCGGGUAAUCUUGUUCUUACCGAAUUAAACAAAAAAACUUAUCUUUGGCAAAGCUUUAGUUUUCCUACCGACACAAUUCUUCAAAACCAACCUUUUACCAAAGAUACAUUCCUCAUAUCAUCAAGAAGUUUAACAAACUUUUCUUCUGGCUUUUACAAACUCUUCUUUGAUGAUGACAACGUGAUCCGCCUUGUUUUCCAUAAUGAUGAAGUAGCAAGUGUUUACUGGCCUAGUCCUUGGUUGGUUUCAUGGCAAGCAGGAAGAACUACUUACAAUAAUAGUAGAAUUGCUUCCCUUGAUUCCAAAGGCUAUUUCAUGUCUUCAGACAAUUUUGGUUUUUCUACAAGUGAUUACGGAAGUGCCCUUCAAAGAAGACUGACACUUGAUUUGGAUGGCAAUAUUAGGGUCUACACUCUAAUAAAAAGAAGUUGGGUAGUUUCAUGGCAAGCAAUUUCAAUUACAUGUACAAUUCAUGGGAUUUGUGGUCCAAACAGCCUUUGUACUUAUAGUAGCGAUUCAGGAAGGAGAUGCACUUGUAUGCAAGGGUACAAGGCCAAGAACAACUCAGAUUGGUCGAUGGGGUGCGAACCUACGUUUGAUUUUUCCAAACAUCGUGAAAACUACGAAUUCGUCAAGCUCCCUUCCGUGGAAUUUUAUGGUUUUGAUACCGUGUUUACGCGAAACUCAACUUUCAACGAAUGCAAGAAUGCUUGCUUGAAUGACUCUAACUGUAAAGCCUUCCAAUACAACUUUAAUAAGGAUUCCAACUUCUUCAUCUGCUAUACAAAGACUUUGUUGUACAAUGGCUUAUACAAAGGUACACGUCUCAAUACUUAUCUUAAGUUGCCAAAGGCUGAUGCAUUAUCCUAUGAUCAAAAAGUUGCUAAUGAUUUCCCUUUGGAUUGCUCAAAUUCGACGAUUGAGCUAACAAGGUCAUAUGAGAAAAAGACUACAAAUGGGUCUCUCAAGUUCAUGUUGUGGUUUAGUAUCGCUCUCGGUGUAAUUGAAACUACAUGCUUCAUACUCUUUUAUUAUAUCACAAAGCAGCCCUCAGGUGCAACAACCCAAAGCUACCUUGCAAUUGCUACCGGAUUUAGAAGGUUUACAUAUGAUGAAAUAAUGAAGGCGACUCAUAAAUUUAAAGACGAGAUUGGUAGAGGUGGUGGUGGUAUUGUUUACAAAGGAACACUGCCCGACCAUCGAGUGGUAGCCAUUAAGGUGCUCCAUGAGGCUAUCCAAGGAGAAGACGAGUUUUUUGCAGAGAUGGGCCCAAUUGGGAGGAUUAAUCAUAAGAACCUGAUAGAAACAUAUGGUUAUUGUGCCGAGGGAAAACACAGGAUCUUGGUCUAUGAGUACAUGGAAAACGGGUCAUUAGCUGAAAACCUAGGUUACGAUAAGCUUGAUUGGCCAAUGAUGCUACAAAUUGCAACUGGCGUUGCGAAAGGGCUAGCUUACUUACACGAAGAGUGCUUGGAAUGGGUUUUGCACUGUGAUGUUAAACCACAUAACAUAUUGUUGGAUGUUGAUUAUAACCCAAAAGUAGCCGAUUUUGGUUUGUCUAAGUUAUUCCACCAAGGAGUGACCGAAAAUUCCAAGUUUUCAAAGAUAAGAGGGACUAGAGGGUAUAUGGCACCAGAAUGGGUGUUUAACCUUCCAAUUACUUCAAAAGUGGAUGUCUAUAGCUACGGAAUGGUGGUGCUAGAAAUGAUAACAGGACGGAGUCCCACAAACGACCAAGCAAGAGAUGAUAAUGAAAGAGUGGAUAAAAAAGGGCUCGUAAGUUGGGUGAGGGAGAAGCUACACGAGGCUAGUGGAAGUUUUACCGUGACAGACUUCUUGGAGAUAUUGGAUCCUAGGAUGAGGGGUGAAUUUGAUACAGAUGAGAAGAAGAAUCUUUUAAAGGUAGCUCUGCAAUGUGUCGAGGAAGACAAAGACGCUAGACCCACCAUGAGCGAGGUCGUGAAGAUGCUUCUCGACCCCAACAUGGAUAACUAGCGUUACAAGUAUACAGGAUUUGACUAGCAUUGCUGUUUAGAAAAAUUUUGUAUUUUGCAGUAUUGGGUUUUGAUUUUAUUUUCGUUGUCAAUGUGUUCAUAAAACUACAACUUAAUCAACUCAAAUAUGAGUAAAAGUUGUGUUGCAUUGUUUAAUUCAGUCAGCAUAAAGUUCAUAUAUAGACGUGUAACUUCUUAAUUAUACUUAUCUAACAAAUCGAUACUAAGCA